GGGGUUGGGCAAAAGAAAAUUAAAAAGUCUCUCCUUUGAGUCUGACCUCAGACUUGGCUUCUUCUGCUUCUUCUACUCUCUCCGCAUUUAACGCUUACGAAGUUGAAGAAGAAGAAGAAGAAGAAGAAGAAGAAGAAGAAGAAGGAAGACGACUCUCUCCUUUCGCUUAAGGCUAAUUUGAAGCAAGAGCUUGACGUUCACCGAGAAGCUCUUUUUACUGAAGAACAUAUGGCAGAAAAUGUUAAAGAGCGUGCAGAGCUGGUGAAAUCCAUGGGAGAUAAGCAUGCCAGUGUUAUCAGACCAGCUGCUAGAUACUACUCUGCUAUUAAAGAUGCUAUGGUUUGUGGGAAAGGAAGAUAUACGCUUGUUAAAGACGUGGAUGAUGUUGAAAAUGGAGCGUAUGACAAGCCUCUCCCAUGCUUCGGUUGCGGAAUAGGAUGGUUCUCCUUCCUCCUGGGAUUUGUGUUCCCUCUCUUGUGGUAUUAUGCGACAUUUCUCUAUUUCGGGAACUACUACCGCAAGGAUCCUAGAGAAAGAGCCGGUCUUGCUGCUUCCGCAAUCACUGCGAUGGGAUUCUCCCUCUUGCUACUGGUGAUUGCUGUUUUCAGGUGGUUUUAGUGGCGCUUCUUCUUACUUAUACACACCAUACUCUUGAGCUAAAUAUAUAUAUAUGUAUAAUCUUGGUCCCUUCCUUGUCAAAGGAUUAUAGAGGAGGGACUUAGAUAUAUGGCUGUACAUUCAAUAUAAACCCAAAGUGAAGAUACUAUACCUUAUAUUUACUCAAAUCUCUGUAUCAUCUUCUUCUCAUUAUCUACGUUUGUGUGUACAAAGGAACAGAAUAAAAAUAAACCGAAUAAAUAGUUGUUUCUUUCU